CUGCACACUUGAGGUUACACACUAUCACCAGUUACCUUCAGACAGGACUGCAGACAUAUGUGGAUGAUGGCUGCCCUUAAUCUAACCAAAACAGAAUCCACAAUGAGAUGAACAAGAAAGGAACAGCUUCCUACUAUACACAUGUUGUUUUAGCAGAAUCUCACCUCAAGUUUGACAACUUAAGAUACAAGAAAACACUGUCUGCUUGUAAAGCUUUCGUUUCUUCCUGGCCUCUACAUCGGAUGUCUUUUGCUUGGGUUCUUCCUGGCAAAGCUGGAUAUGAACAAAUCCCAGGAUGCCCGAGAUCGUCAUGAUGUUUGUCAACACCCCAGAAAGAGAGCCCAGAGAUGCCGCCUUCGCAGGAGCCUCUGAAGACGAGGUAAUAGACUUUUUUGAAGAUGAGGAAAUGGCUAUCAGAUCCAAGAAGUUUGAGGAAUUUGUGCAUGAACCUAUGGGAGACAAACCCAUUACAGCAGUGAGUGGUAUUAAUGAGGAGCUGGGAGCAAAACUAGCCGCAAAUGGGUUUGACAAGGCGUACAUCCUCUUGGGCCAGUUCCUCCUCUUGAAGAAACAAUGUGCUGCAUUUCAGAACUGGCUGAAGUUGUCCUAUGGAGCCAGCAGCCGUCAGGCUGAGCAGUGUGCUUUAUGUCUGCUGGAGUGGUGUUAUGCAUUCUUAUAGGGAGCACUUUACUUAAAAGAACGAGAACCAUCAGUUCUUUUCUCCACUCCUAGUGCAAAAUAAACAGUUUCCUGCAACAGA